CCGACCGUAUCUGCAUCUUGCAUACAGAGAAGGCCCAUCUACGCCGCGGACCGCAGGCCGCUUGUUCACGGCUCGAAAGACCAGGGGAAGCCGGAAACCGCACGGCCGGCCUGCCUCUAGUCGUCGUCGUCGUCGUCGUGGUGGUGCUUGCGGCAGCUCCGGAGUCCAGGCAGCACGCUAGUCGGGGGGCGCGGGGGAGGAGAUAUGGAUCGGUCGUAUCUCCCCGUGGCGGCGGCGGCCGUCGCCCUGGUCCUCGUGUGCUGCUCCGGCCUCUGCCGCGGCGAGCGGCUCGGGGCGAGGGAGUGCGAGGACCUGGGGUUCACCGGCCUCGCUCUCUGCUCCGACUGCAACGCGCUCUCCGAGUUCGUCAAGGACCAAGAGCUGGUGGAGGAUUGCCAUAAAUGUUGCACCGAGGAUUCAGAUGAUUCUAUCAGCAAGCUCACAUUUUCUGGUGCAAUUAUUGAGGUGUGCAUGAGGAAACUGGUAUUUUAUCCAGAAGUUGUUGGCUUCCUCGAAGAAGAUAAAGACGACUUCCCAUAUGUGGAAACCCGUUAUUCUUAUGGUUCGCCACCAAAGCUCAUAAUGCUUGACAACAAGGGUGAACAGAAGGAGACCAUAAGGCAAGUCCUACUUAAUUCUAGAGUAAACCUCCAACUAUCUGAUUUACAUUCUUACACUUGUAUUACUGCAAAUAGUAUAAGAACUGCCUGGCUGAAUCUUUUUCAUAUCCUGUCUUAGUUCAUUACAUACACUUAUAUAUGUUGUCUGCUUCCAAUCAUCCUUGCUCGUGCAGUAAUGUCAUGUAGUUCAUGUAAUACUCUGAUGACUGACACGAUAGGUAAAGAAAUGAUUGAUUUGUUUGUGCGUGCAUGCUUCAAAACAUAGUUUUAUUGAUAGAAACAAUGCUUAAGUGUACUUCUACUGGAAUGAUUCAUAAAGUUGCAGUAGUAUAGUCAAUAAACUAGGUAAUUUGCUGAAGUGGCCUGAAUUUAACCUUGGCGCAUCAUUCAUCUUUAAGGGACAGGUUUAACUAUUGUACUGAAUAAAUUGCCACCUUUCUAUAUGCGCGCCAAUUGCCUAACGUAGCUAAUGUCUGGUAGAAACAGUGUUCUC